AUGGGCACUACUUAUUCCAAGCCGGAGCCGGAGCCGGUCGGCGAAAAGGCUGCUAUAACCAAGAGGGAUGGCUUCAACACUAGCAAGAUUGUUAAGCAGGAGACCAGCUCGUCAGAGCUUCCUCCUCCAUACCCAGCCCGGGAGCGAACUAGAUCGCUAGAGAUAUCUCAAUUAUCAGACUGGAACGAGAGCUUGUUAGACGACGACAAGAACCGCCUCGCAAUAUCCACCUUCGCCAAUCAACCCUACAACCAACUCCUUACCAACAACCAAGCCCUCCAAUCCGACCUCCACAUCUUCAACCUGACCAUCCCCAUCGAAGGAGCCCCAAUAACAAACCAACGCUCCUCCGGUCGCUGCUGGCUCUUCGCCUCAACAAACGUCUUCCGCGUUCCCCUAAUGAAAGUCUACCAAUUAAAGGACUUCGAGCUCAGCCAAGCCUACCUCUUCUACUGGGACAAGAUCGAGAAAGCAAACUGGUUCUUUGAGCAGAUCAUCGCAACCGCCAACGAAGACCUCUCCGACCGGCUCGUGCAGAAGCUUCUCGAGGACCCCGUCACCGACGGCGGACAAUGGGACAUGGUUGCGAAUCUCGUCAAGAAGUACGGACUUGUUCCGCACGCUUUAUACCCCGACGCCUACCAUGCGCAGAAUAGCUCCAAGUUGAAUUGGUUGCUUACUGCUAAGCUCCGCGAGCAGGCUUUGGUGCUUCGGAACCUAGCUUCGAAGGAUGAUGGGCACUCUGUGAAUGCACUGGCUGCUAGCAAGGAUCAGUUCUUGAGGGAGAUUCACUCCAUCGUCACUCUCUUACUUGGAACCCCGCCAAACCCGGAUAAGCCGUUUGUCUGGCAGUACUACGAUACCAAUGGGACGGCCCGUGAAGUGCGACAGACACCCCUGGAAUUCGGACAGCAGGCCUUCCGAUCGCAGACUCGGGUCCUUUCACGUAGCCCCGCCGUCUCACCCGGUCGAAUGUUCAGCCUCGUCCACGACCCACGAAACGAAUACAACCGCCUCUUAACCGUCGACAAACUCGGCAACGUUUUCGAAGGCAGUCCACUGACAUACGUGAACGUAGAAAUGCAAACACUCAAGAAAGGCGUUAUCGCAAUGCUGAAAGCCGGCCACCCCGUCUUCUUCGGCUGCGACGUGGGCAAGUUCUCCGACAGCAAGUUGGGCGUCAUGGACGCCGACCUCACAGACCUGUCACUGGGAUUCAACAUCUCGCUUGGAAUGAACAAGGCGGAGCGAUUGACUACUGGGGAGUCGUCCAUGACACAUGCCAUGGUUAUCACGGCUGUGCAUCUGGAAGAUGAGGAGCCUGUUCGAUGGCGUGUGGAGAAUUCUUGGGGCGAGGCUGCUGGUGAGAAGGGGUGGUUUGUUAUGACUGAUCGGUGGAUGAAUGAGUAUACGUUCCAGGCUGUUGUGGAUUCGAAUCUUGUUUCGGAGGAAGUAAGGGCUAUCCUGAGGCAGUCGCCUAAGAUUUUGCCGCGAUGGGAUCCUCUGGGCGUUCUUGCUUAA